AUGUGGAUAUUCACACCUAUCUUGCUACUGGGUACUCUCUAUCUCUGGCACAUCAACCGUGUCAUGAAGAGAGUUCCCGAGGAAGCAGCAAAACUAUCGCCUCAUCGCUGGACCGUGGAAGAAAUCAAAGCGGCCUACAAGAAGAGCCAGGAAAAUCCCAUCAAUGUCUCCAAGAGCCUGCCACCGAAGCAAAGUCGACGAUAUGUCAUCGUCGGCGGAACCGGCCUCGUUGGUACCUGGAUCAUCAACCAUCUCUUGACUCGAGGCGAAGACCCAAAGGCCAUUCGCAUCUUGGACCUUGCCUCUCCAGACGAAAUUCUCAAACAAGGCGUCGGCUGGGUCAAGACCAACAUCACCGACAAGCUCGCCGUGACCAUUGCCUUUGAAGAACCAUGGCCCGUCCACGUUUCCAAGCUCCCCUUGACCGUCUACCACACGGCAGCCUUGAUUCGGCCCCAAGACCGACUCCAAUGUUUCCUACCACUCAGCAGCAAGGUCAACAUCGACGGAACCCGCAAUGUGCUAGAAGCGGCCAAGACCGCCGGAGCAAGUAUCUUCAUCUGGACAUCCUCCGGCUCAACAAGACUCCGCAGCCCAACAUUCUGGAUCCCGCCCUGGACCCGCCAUCCCAAGCGCUCAGUCCAAGUGAUCAGCGACAGCACGACCGCCCCACAAACCCACCGCGAUUUCUUCGGCAACUACGCCGCCUCAAAGCAUCAAGCCGAGCAAAUCGUGUGCGCAGCAGAUGACCCAGCAACCGGAUUCCGCACUGGCUGUAUCCGCCCUACGAAUGGUGUCUAUGGCACAGGCGGCGUGUCCAGGACCGCAGUCACGGAAAUCUACUUGUACAACGGCGGAGCUCCCACUUGGGCUUCCCCUGUUAUUCAAAGCUUCGUACACGCCGAGAACGUCUCGCUCGCCCACCUGCUCUAUGAACAGCGACUGAUCCAGCAGAGCGAGCCCGGAUGCACACUGCCCAACACUGGUGGCCAAUCUUUCAUCAUCAGCGACCCGAACCCGGCUAUUGCGUUUGGAGACUUGUACAACGUUCUCAUGACCCUUUCUACAACACCUGUGGAGUUCCCGAAAUUACAGCCCGCGCCAUUCCUGCUGCUCUCGUACUUCGUAGAGAUGUAUGCUAUCCUGCGAUUCAAGUUCGGGAUUCUGCCGCAGCUUCCGCCGGACUUGGAACAGUUGCAGCCGGCGCUGUUUGGGAUUUUGAAUGUCAACAUGUUUGCUGAUGAUUCGCGCGCAAAGUUGGCUCCGGAAAAGGGUGGGCUAGGGUAUAAUCCGCCGCUCACUACGCUUGAGGGAUUGUGUCGUCGUCUGGUCGAUUGGAAUACCAAGGCGCGGACUGAAGGUGUCCACGUCAAGGGGAAGAAGAUCAUAAUCGGUCCCGUGAAGGUUUCUGAGGAUGGGGUUGGUGUUGACAUCGUUACACCAGUGAAGCUUUAG